CUAAAGUAGCUUCCCGUUAGUAUACUGAAAUACAAAGUCAUGUUCAUAACUGUUAAUUUAAAGUAACACCACCAUCAUUGGAGUACUUUUAGUUAUAUGUGAUUGGGACUACCAAGCAUGUUGCUCUUAUUCAGUGUAAUCCUAAUCUCAUGGGUAACCACUGUUGGGGGAGAAGCAACACUUUGUGAUUUUCCAAAAAUACGCCAUGGAUUUCUGUAUGACGAAGAAAAUUAUAAGCCAUUUUCCCAAGUUCCUAUAGGGGAAGUUUUCUAUUACUCCUGUGAAUAUAAUUUUGUGUCUCCGUCAAAAUCCUUUUGGACUCGCAUAACAUGCACGGAAGAAGGAUGGUCACCAACACCAAAGUGUCUCAGAAUGUGUUCCUUUCCUUUUGUGAAAAAUGGUCAUUCUGAAUCUUCAGGACAAAUACAUCUGGAAGGUGAUACUGUACAAAUUGUUUGCAACGCAGGAUACAGCCUUCAAAACAAGGAGAAAAGCAUUUCAUGUGUAGAACGGGGCUGGUCCGCUCCUCCCAAAUGCAGCUUCACUAAAGAAGAAUGUCAUGUUCCAAUUUUAGAAGCAAAUGUAGAUGCUAGGCCAGAAAAAGAAAGCUACGAAGUUGGAGAUGUGUUGAAAUUCUCCUGCAGAAGAAAUCUUAAAAGAGUUGGACCAGAUUCAGUUCAAUGUUACCAAUUUGGGUGGUCACCCAACUUUCCGACAUGUAAAGGACGAGUACAGUCGUGUGGUCCACCUCCUCAGCUCUCCAAUGGUGAAGUUAAGGAGAUAAGAAAAGAGGAAUAUGGACACAAUGAAGUAGUAGAAUAUUAUUGCAAUCGUAAUUUUAUAAUAAAAGGACCUAAGAAAAUACAAUGUGUGGAUGGAAAAUGGACAACUUUACCCACUUGUGUUGAGCAAGUGAAAACAUGUGGAUAUAUACCUGAACUUCAGUAUGGUUAUGUUCAGCAGUCUGUCCCUCCCUAUCAACAUGGAGUUUCAGUGGAGGUGAAUUGCAGAAAUGAAUAUACAAUGAUUGGAAAUAACGAGAUUACCUGUAUUGAUGGACUAUGGACAGAGCUUCCUAUGUGUGUUGCAACACACCAACUUAAGAGGUGCAAAAUAUCAGGAGUUAAUAUAAAAACGUUAUUCAGGGCAUCUGGGAAUGAAUUUAAUCAUAAUGCUAGAAUACGUUACAGAUGUUUAGACAUCCGUGGAUACAGGCACUCAGUCUGCAUAAACGGGAAAUGGAAUCCUGAACUAGACUGCACAGAAAAAAAGGAACAAUUCUGCCCACCGCCACCUCAGAUACCUAAUGCUCAGAAUAUGACAACCACAGUGAAUUAUCAGGAUGGAGAAAAAGUAGCUGUUCUCUGUAAAGAAAACUAUCUACUUCCAGAAGCAAAAGAAAUUGUAUGUAAAAAUGGACGAUGGCAAUCAUUACCACACUGUGUUGAGUCUACAGCAUAUUGUGGGCCCCCUCCAUCUAUUAACAAUGGAGAUAUCACCUCAUUCCCGUUAUCAGUGUAUCCUCCAUGGUCAACAGUGACGUACCGUUGCCAGUCCUUCUAUGAACUCCAGGGCUCUGCAACUGUAACAUGCAGAAACAAACAGUGGUCAGAACCACCAAGAUGCCUAGAUCCAUGUGUGAUAUCUGAAGAAAACAUGAACAAAAAUAACAUACAGUUAAGAUGGAAAAACAAUGAAAAACUUUAUGUAAAAACAGGGGAUACUGUUGAAUUUCAGUGUAAAUUCCUAUAUAAAGCGAAGAUAUCAUCACCAUCAUUUCGAGCAAUCUGUCAAGAAGGGAAAUUUGAAUAUCCCAUAUGUGAAAGAAGCGAGCUUAAUUUUCCUGAAUAAAUUCUUAAAACAUA